AUGUUACCUACUCAUCAUCCUUCUCAUCCUCCUCCUCCUCAACAACAACAACAACAGAAUAAAACAACUGAGAGCUCACGCAUCCAAUCAAAAGAACAAGAAUUGGAACAAUACAAUCUAGAGCAAGAAUCCAAAUUAUGGAUUCGAGAGUUUGAUACUAAAUCUAUAGGAGAGAAAUUGUUCGAUAAAAAACAGUCCGAUAAUGCUUUGGACUAUCCCUCUCUUCAUAAAUUAUAUAUUCACUUUGAUGAGCGACUUCUUUCUAAUUUAACUCUGAAUGCUAUGGAAUAUUCAGUAUUUGGACUUGUCUCUACAUCUCUGAAUUUGAAACAUGCCAACAAACAAGUAUUUGUCAUCCUUUUGAAAUUAGUGAAUAUUCUAACUUCAAAACACAAAAAGGUUCUUGACUCGUUACUUUCCUCACAUUCAGAGAGUUUGAAACAUGUCAAUUUCUUAAAGUUUUUAUUUAUUUAUGAAACUGUCCUUAGAGAUGUCUAUUCAACCAAUCACUAUGGAUGGGAAAAAGAACAAGAAGCAUCAUCUCUACUUGAACGCAUCUCUCAGGAAUUAAUUGCUUAUAAUUCUCAGAAUAGUGCCAAUAGCUUAGAGUCUCCACAGCAAGAAACAGAUUUAAGAAAAAUUAUUUCUGUUGCAUUAUCACUGAAUGAAAUUUUCUCUGCAGUUUUCACAGCACAUCUAAGCGAGCCCUCAAUUUUAGAAAUGGUUGAAUCCUUGAAUAGAACAGCCGUUCAUAUCCUUUCGAGUAAUCAUCAUGAGUUGAACAAAUUUGAUUGGGCAUUCCGAACCUAUCUCAAUAUUUCAUCUCGUGUCCUUAAUCUUGCAACAAUCAUGUUACGACAGUCCUCCAUGAAUAUUGUGUUUACCUCCAUGUUUGUCAAGAAAAUGAUGAAUUUGAAAGCAAACUUUUUGAAAUUAACACAAACACCACAUUUCCUAUUAUUCAAGCAUAGAAUUGACGAACAAAUUUCACACAUGGACGAUAUUAUUUAUCAGUAUCUCAAAAACACGAACGGUGGACUUUCCAAAUCAUUGAUCGAUACAGACAUGAAUCAUUAUGGGUUAAUCGUUUCCAAUACACUCUCAUUUAGAUGUCAAUUUCUGAAACAAGAAAACAUUGGCGACACCCUAUACUAUUUGUUUAAAACACUAGUUGCUAUUGCUAGGAAAAAUCCUUCAUCUUUGACAUGUUCUAUGGAUAUUAUUUACAAGGCAUUUGAACAUGAAGUGAAUCAUAAUACAUUUCUCACAGAAUCCACAGGCCUUUACAUCAAAACCAAACAAGCUUUUAUGUUUAGUAUUAUUUGGUUGAUCUAUCUCGAGUACAAUAAGGGUCACAUACAAAGAGAGGAUUUCUUUUCCAUAUUAGAAACAUUGUUGAGAAUUCUUCAUGAUUAUGAUGUUUACAAGACAGCAUCAGAACAAUCAGUUCCAUACAAAUUUUUGGAAGGACUUAUCAAUCGAGUAUUUAGAAACGUUUUAAUAUUUGAAUUGGAUUCAUUAACAACCUCUCAAGUGAAACAAAUAAUGACUUGCUUGAGAAGAGUCAUUAUCACUGACUACAGAAUCAUUGAAGGAUAUUACUCCUAUAUCUGGAAAAUGGUUUUGAGCAUUCGACAAGAAGACAUCGAAAUGCUUCAUCUGAGUGAGUUUAUGGGAGACAUGUUGAGCAUAUUUGUACACUUUGCCAAAGGAAGACAAGCUUUUGACGAUUUAUUCUCUGCAAUAGACAUGAUUCAUCGUCAUUCCAAAUCUUUCAAUCUUCAUUUUCCAAUCAUUCAAUUAGAAUCAUUCAGAAAUAGUGUAAAGAGCCUUGUCCAAAAUAUUGCACCUACAGAUAUUGUGAUAUACUUUAAGUAUUUAAUUGAAAUAGUGAACCAGAGAUUAGAUGAAUAUGGAAAUGCAGAAAGACUUUUGGUGGUAUUACUCUUUCCUUUAACCUCUUUUGCAUUUUAUGUGACUCUCAAUGAAUCCAAUUACAAAAAGUUACAGAAAUUAGCAAAACAAUGUUGCACUAGAAUCAUCAAGAGAUUAAUGAGUCUUGAAGUGAGUGAACAAAAUCAAGCAGCAGUCAUUCAGCUCUAUUAUUCGAUGAGUAAUAUUAUUUAUAGAUCAGAAGAAUUCUCAUCCGAUGUAUUUUCAAUGAAGGAUAUUAACAAUCACAAUGGAGAAGACUAUAUCAUUAACUUUUAUGAUGGAUCAGGACUCACCAUGAAUUCUUUCACUCAUGGAAAACCAUUUAAGGAAGUUUUUAAAACACUCAGUUUCAAGAAUAAGGGAAUUUAUUGUUAUAUCAUUUUCAGAAGAAUGAUGUCCAUCAACCAGCAAGUGAACAUUAGAAAACAUAAUUUAAUUACCUCUAAUCAAGAAUUAUAUUCCUAUGAGACUCAGGAAAGCAAAAAAGAACAAGAAUUAUUAACACACAAUUUCCAAAUCUAUUUUGAUUUUAUUCAAAAUGAAUUGAAUGCUCUCAUGCAUUUACACAAGUUUGAAGAACAAGAUUUCACUCAUGAAGAAAUUUCAAAAUAUGAUUGGGGAGGUUUUAUUGAAUCCAUUGAUACUGAAAAGAAGUAUCUCUCCAUGCUGUGGUAUUUAAUCAGUAGUAACUUUUUAUAUAUCAUUCCAUAUUGUAAUGAAACUUACAUGAGAAAUUUGAGUCAAUUUAUGCUCACUCAACUCAUCAAUGCAAUUCGAAUCAAAGGACAUUCUUUUAAAUUAUUACCCUAUUCACUUGAGAGAGUCACUCUUGAUUUAUGGAAAGAUGACUUGUUGUUUGAACAACGAGAUGUUCAAGACUCUUUUGAAGAGUUUUUAUAUUGUGAAGUGAAAAAGUCGAUCAAGUAUGCUUCGGAGAUUAUGUUUGGUGAUUCCAAAUGGGCGAAAAGGAUCAAGUCCAUUCUCAGAAAGGCAACUUUGGAAAUUGAUGUUUCAGAUUGCAGAAAAGUGGAGAAGAAGAUUCAUUCCUUGUUGAAAGAUGUCCAUUCUAAACUAUUCCAAAGUGGUGAAUUCUCUUCAGAGAAACAUUCUUCCAUCCCCCUUAUCGAUGAGCACUUGUUCUCUUCAUUCCAAACCGAUUUCACUCCAUCUCAAAGCAUUCAGAAUUGGAAUGAUUAUCUUUGCCCAUUCAUUAACUUGAUUCCAUUAUUUCCAUUCAAAUACUUUUCAUCAAGAUUUGCCAUGUCCAUGUUUUGCAUGUUAUUGUGCUAUGAUGUGAUUAUUAAUUGUGAUCUUGCCAGUUCGAAUACGAUUAAGAAGAGAGAUUCAAUAGACUGCUCAUUCCCCUUAUUUGGAUCCAAUCGAAUCAAAUUUAUGGCAUCUCUUCGACAUGUUCAAUUACUACUCUUAAAGACAUUACCAGAAGAGAAUAUUCGAGAGAUGAUUCAAAUAGGUUCUCCAUUCUUGUGGUUGAGAUAUUACAUGAGAACUUGUCUUAAUUUAAAUUCAAUGCAUCCAUCCAUUCAACAACAACAACAACAAAUUGCAACCACAACAACAGCGACUACAACCACACAUUCAACAAUGACUUCAAUGAUGGAUGAUGACUCCUCGAGUUUGGAAUGGUUGAAUUCUUAUAGCAAUGAAGUGUUGAGAAUUUUCCUCAAGAGUCUUCUUCAAGGAGGGGAGAGUUUGAUGGAAGAGAAUACUAAAUCCAUUCUUUCCACACUCUUGCAUGCAAAUUCUAUCGGAGAUUUGAAACAUUCCAUGUUGAAGAUACGAUUUUCGAAUACCUUAUUGAGUGUGUUGUUCUCUCAAAUGCGUUCAACAAUUUCUCAGAAUGAUGAGAACAGUCGUGAUGGUGGUGUUGAAAAGAAUAACGACAUGUGUUAUGAAUUACUUUUCCAAAAUUCAAAACUUGGAAAAACAAGAAAUAUUUAUCCAUUCGAACAAGCAAUUUUAGAAUAUUCACUUCGAAAUAGGAACAAAAUCUCUGUGGAAGUCUUUGAGAAUAUUGUUCUAUUUGCCAAGAUUUUACUGGUUGCUUCACAUGGUCCAAAAGGUCUUCCCUCUCAUUAUGAUGCAUUGAAUCCUCAAGAAUUGAUGAACAAACUCUAUGAAUGUAUGAGUUGCUUCCUUCAUUCGAGUAGUGGUGAAGCAAAUACUUGUCUUUCACCAGUGUUCACAGAGCUGAUUGAACUUGUUACUCUCGAUGGUCCAAAUGAAGAGAUUCAGAAUUCAUCUCAUUGUCCAAUUCCACCUAGUUCCUUAUUUGUGAAAAUUAUCAAAUUUAUUCAAGCUCAUAUUUCAUCCAUACGACUUGACAAAUCACUUGUGGAUAGAAGUGUAUCAUCUCUUCAGCAUAAGAAUAUUGGAACAAAGAGUGAGGGAGAAAGAAUACUUUCAAUGAUGGUAUCUUGCCUUUCUCAACCACAGAUAGAUUUUCUUAUUCGAUUGCAUUUAGAUCAAUUGAAUGAAUUCAAUCAACAUCAUUCCAUGCCAACCAUUACCAUACAAAAUGCAUCUCAUCACAGAAACCAAGUUCAAUCCAACUGUGAACAAUUGGAGAAUAUUAUUUCAUCACUUCACAUUUGUUUAGAAUCCAUUCACAAGAAGGAAUUACUCUUCUAUUUAUGUAAUAUUAUUGAAUCUUUGAAAUUGAGUACUCGAUCUUAUUUAUUUAAUACGGUUCCAGUUUCUAGUCAUUCUUCAUUGAAUAAGGAAUAUUGGCAAAUCAAUGCAUCUAUUCAAUCGAUGAUUAUGAAGUUAUUGAAAAUUGUUUCAUUUAUUACCAAUGAGAUGAGAACAAGUCAAAUUGCAGUUCCAAAGUCAGCCAUUGAUUUACUCGUUUCAUUCAUUUCAGAUAUUGCUGUUUCAUCAAGCAUUUUCAUAUAUUCUUCCAUUGAUGUUGCCAGUAGAGGAAAGAGUAUUUUAGAACUUGCCAAACUUUCCUACUCUGAUUUAAAUAUCAUGAAAUUGGAUCCAAAUAUUAUUAUUUCACUUUCAGAGAUUUUAGAAACUCUUGUCAAACACAACAUUUUAGAUAUCUCAAAAAUUAAUUGUGUUCAAACCUUGUUGAAUUGUAUCCUUAAUAUGUUAUUCGAGAGAGUAGUUGUAUUUGAUUCAUUAUUAGAAAGCAAAGAUGAUCAAAGAAUGUCAUUCUCUUCAUGUACACAAUGUGCAGAGGCUAUUGGUGCUGUUUAUCAUUGCAUUUCUAAAUUAGUGAGCUGGGAUGAAUUCAAAGCUCAUAUUGUGUUUGAAUUUAUUUCCACAUUUUCAGCAAUUAAUGAACUUGUUGGAGUGGACGAAGGAAAUGAUGAUCACAUGACAACCAUGAACCAUCAUCACCACCUUGAAAAUGAUCAACAAUUUAUUUCUAAAUUAUUAGCAAGCAACAAGAAGAAAAUUUUAGAUCACUUGAUUAAGAAUGGAAUUUUCGUUUUACUUUCUUCCAAUGUUGUGAAAUUUAAGAUUAGUAAUUGGAUUCAAGAGUCUUCCAAAGUACAAUCACUUCAACAUCUCUUUACUCACAUUUUACAGUAUCAUGCCACAGAGAUGGGUUUCUAA